GAGGGACACUGACUCCAGAGGCUGCCGGGAGCGAGGUGCUUCCCACAACCUGGGAAGCAGCCCUUCUGUUAGCUCCAAAGCCUCUGGGUGAGAAGAGGGGAGAGACGUGGAGUCUUGCCAGUCUGCGGCAAACACAACUGUGGUGCUUGAGGGUCCCUCUGAGUUCAGCUCUAGUCGCCACUGUAUGCUCAGCGCAGGGCGCUCACUGCACCAUCCUCCCGUCCCAGCAAGGGGGCUCCAGAGACUGCGCAGCCAGGAAGUCUGGUAGCCCGGGACACGGACAGUGCUUUGGUAAUGUCCAGGGCUCCAGGAAGAGAUGUCCCUGUGGCUGGAGGCCCCUGUGCCUGACUCUGCAGUGCAGCCGUGGGAGCCAGAGGCCCUGGGCACCAGCAGCCAGGCCCAAGGAGGCAGCAGCUGCAUCCUCAGUAAGAAAGCCAGGAUGCCUCCAUCUGCUGGGAACCCUGUGGCAAUGGGGCUGGAGGCAGCAGAGCCCACAGCCCUGCUCCCCAGAGUGGAGGCCCUUCCUGAGCCCACAGAGCUCCGACCACAGAAGCGGAAAAAGGGCCCAGCCCCCAAGAUGCUGGGCCACGAGCUGUGCAGCGUGUGUGGGGACAAGGCCUCUGGCUUCCACUACAACGUGCUGAGCUGCGAGGGCUGCAAGGGAUUCUUCCGCCGCAGUGUCAUCAAGGGGGCACACUAUGUUUGCCACGGUGGUGGCCACUGCCCCAUGGACACCUACAUGAGACGCAAGUGCCAGGAGUGUCGGCUUCGCAAGUGCCGCCAGGCAGGCAUGCGGGAAGAGUGUGUCCUGUCAGAAGAACAGAUCCGCCUGAAGAAACUGAAGCGGCAAGAGGAAGAGCAGGCCCAGGCCACGUCUGUACCCCCAAGGGCUGUCUCACCACCCCAGGUCCUGCCCCAGCUCAGCCCGGAGCAGCUGGGCAUGAUCAAGAAGCUGGUCACUGCCCAGCAGCAGUGCAACAAGCGCUCCUUUUCUGACCAACUUCGCGUCACGCCCUGGCCCAUGGCCCCCGACCCCCAGAGCCGGGAGGCCCGGCAGCAGCGCUUUGCCCACUUCACGGAGCUGGCGAUCGUGUCCGUGCAGGAGAUUGUCGACUUUGCCAAACAGCUCCCAGGCUUCCUGCAACUCAGCCAGGAAGACCAGAUCGCCCUCCUGAAGACUUCCGCGAUCGAGGUGAUGCUUCUGGAAACUUCCCGGAGGUAUAACCCUGGGAGCGAGAGCAUCACCUUCCUCAAGGAUUUCAGUUAUAACCGGGAAGACUUUGCCAAAGCAGGGCUGCAGGUAGAGUUCAUCAACCCCAUCUUCGAGUUCUCCAAAGCCAUGAAUGAGCUGCAGCUCAACGAUGCAGAGUUCGCUCUGCUUAUUGCCAUCAGCAUCUUCUCCGCAGACCGACCCAACGUGCAAGACCAACUGCAAGUGGAGAAGCUGCAACACACGUACGUGGAAGCCCUGCAUGCCUAUGUCUCCAUCCACCAUCCCCACGACCGGCUCAUGUUCCCAAGGAUGCUAAUGAAACUGGUGAGCCUCCGCACACUGAGUAGUGUCCACUCGGAGCAAGUGUUUGCCCUGCGCCUGCAGGACAAGAAGCUCCCCCCGCUGCUUUCGGAGAUCUGGGAUGUACAUGAAUGACAGUCCCUGGCUGUCGGCUAGAGAUGGAGCAUAGCAAGAAGGGCAAACAUUCCUGGAGCUGGGCAAAGGAGUUCCUCUGUGACAUUAAAGGAGUGCAGAAGGGUUGGGGGGGUUCUGUGGCUGCUAGGCACUGGGCCCUGCAAAAGCUGCGCUCCAAGACCUCCUGUCCUGCCGAAUGACAGGCCUGGGGGCUGCUGUGCACAAGGUUCUCCAGGGUUAGCCCUGCCCAUCCCGCUUCUGCCACUUCCUGUUUUUCCCCACAGGGCCCCAAAAGAAAUUCUCCAUUGUCACUCUGCGGGUUGGCCAUAAAUGCCUCUAGGAGGCCACACUGUUAGGUCUGUCCUGUUGGAACAGGAAGACUGGGAUGAAUGCAAACCAAUUACUAGAUGGGGGUGGGGGUGCAGCGAGGGGGAGGAAGCCUGUGACCUGUAAGAUCAACUGCCCCUAGACUCAGUGGAGGGAAAGUCACAAGUGACAGCUGUGACAACUGGGUUGGGCGGGGCUCUCCUUUUCCUAGCUGGCUGUGCCAUGUGAAUGGAUGAAAUGCUGAGGCUUAGAUGCCCCUCUUUAAUGAUCCGGUGGUUGUAUGUCUUAGCUUUUAUGUUGGCAUCUGAAAAAGGCACAAUUUGAAAUAUUCAAGGCCAGGUGGUCCCUACUUCCUAGCCCCUGGACUUACUGGUUAGGAAGAAAGGCCCCCCACGCCAGGCAACGCCGCCAGGGGCGUGUUGAGGUCUCAAAGGCCUGAACUCAAUUUCCCAGUAGGCGUCGCGCCACGGGCCACGCCCCCUCUCUUGGGCGCACACCCGUGCAGGUGCUCCGGUGGCGCGCCUUCUCUUUGCACCCCCGCUACCCAGAAUUGGUAGGCUCCAGAGGACGGGCAGCCAACUGGACGGCGCAGGCAGCCGGGCGCCUCCAAACCACGUGCAGGGGAUAUCUAGGUGAGGUAUAAGGAGCCGACCAGAAAGCCUCAGGGGUAGUUUAUCUUGAGAAUUCACUUUCGGAUUAAACAACAUUUCGUCGAUAUAGACUCU